AUGUUCGAAGCGUGUGAGAAAUGGAGGAAAGAAUUCGGCACGAAUACGAUCUUGGAGGAUUUCCAUUACGAGGAGAAGCCUCUAGUGGCUAGAUACUAUCCUCAAUAUUACCAUAAGACCGACAAGGAUGGUCGUCCAGUCUACUUUGAGGAGCUGGGUGCUGUCAACUUGACUGAGAUGUACAAAAUCACCACUCAGGAACGUAUGCUGAAAAAUCUUGUUUGGGAAUACGAAGCGUUCGUCAAGUACAGGUUGCCAGCGUGUUCUCGUUACUGCGGUCAUCUAGUUGAGACUUCCUGUACCAUCAUGGAUCUAAAGGGCAUUUCAAUAUCAAGUGCCUACCAGGUGCUCUCCUAUGUUAAAGAGGCGUCCUACAUAGGGCAGAACUACUAUCCGGAACGUAUGGGUAAAUUCUAUCUAAUCAAUGCGCCAUUUGGCUUCUCCACCGCGUUCAAGCUAUUCAAACCGUUCCUAGAUCCUGUCACCGUGUCCAAAAUUUUCAUCUUUGGAUCUUCUUACAAGAAGGAUCUGUUGAAGCAGAUCCCCGCGGAGAACUUGCCAACGAAGUUUGGUGGCCAGUCGGAAGUCAGCGAAGCUGAAGGUGGCUUAUAUUUAUCUGAUAUUGGCCCAUGGAGGGACCCUAAGUACGUGGGUCCAGAAGGCGAAGCUCCACAGGCAUUUUCUGUUAAAAAUUAG